AUGAUUCCAUGCACUCUAGGUGAUGCUUGCACAAAGACAGUUCUAUGUGAUAUUGGAGCAAGCAUCAACCUAAUACAUGCUUCAUUAAUAAAGAAGCUUUGUUUGACUGAGGAAGUCAACCCAACCUGCAUAUGCCUUCAACUUGCUGAUUGUUCUAUUAAGAUACCUUCAGGAAUAAUUGAAGACAUGGUUCUCAGGGUUGGACCUUUUGCUUUUCCCAUUGACUUUGUGAUGUUAGACAUAGAAGGACACAAGAGUGUAUCCCUUAUCCUAAAGAGGCCCUUCCUAGUUACAGGAUGGACCCUCGUUGAUGUUGAAAAAGGGGAAGUAACCCUGAGAGUCAAUGAGGAAAAGUUCGUACUGAAUGCUGUCAAUGCUAUGCAGCAUCCAGACAUCCCUGAGGAAUGCUUGAGCAUUGACCUCAUUGAUUCCCUCGUGGAAGAAGUCAACAUGGCCGAAAAUCUCAAGGAAGAGCUAAAUGAUAUCCUUGAUGAUACCCAGCCUGAUUUAGAGGAACCUCUGGAAACCUAUGAGGAAAAGGAGAAGCCUCUAAAAGCUUGA